UGUGGAGGAGAGAGGCGUGCGAGGAGAAGAGACACACUCACACACUUCAGGCACAACAACAACAACACCUGAUACUCGCUCAACGGGGAUCAUCUUUUGUCAUUUUGGAGCUUUGUUGGAAAGGUUUUGGAGAUGUCCAACGUUCAGUUAUCGAGCAGCGCGCUGGAGAGGUUGGUGGCCAGGAGGACCUUCCCUCUCCACAGACGCACAAGCGUCUGCCGCAACCUCUUUGGACCGGUGGAUCAUGAGGAACUGAGCCGGGAGAUGAAAGCCAAGCUGCGGGAGAUUUCCGAGCGGGACCAGCAGAGAUGGAACUUUAAUUUCGAGGCCAACACCCCGCUGGAUGGGGAUUACAAGUGGGAAGAGGUGCCCGUGGAUAAGACCCCGGUGUUUUAUCAGGACUCUGUACAGAACGACAGGACCAGGGUGCCUGCCACUCCCGUCAAACAGCUGCCCCCCUCCGACUCUGUUGUGCCGGAGUCCCCUCGUAUGGAUGUACUGGAGCGCUUGGCCUUGCCCGAGAGCAGCAGCACUCCCUCUCCGGCGGAGGUCAACCAGGAGAACCGCGCAGACAAGCUCAACUCAGGGAAGCCGUCUCGCAGACAGGUCCCGUGUGUCAGACGCAAGAGGUCGGCCACUACUGACAACAACACACACAUCACAGACUUCUUCGUGAAACGAAGGAGGGCUGCCGAUAUAAAAUCUAGCGAUGUGGGCGCUUGCCAUCACUCCAAGUCUCCGAUCCCGGUGGAACAGACUCCACGGAAGAGGAUCCGUUGAAGGUGUUUUUUUUUCUUGCACUAUUCGCGUAUUUUUGAGGAUCAAGGGGAGGAUGUUUCUCCACGCUACUGCAGCGCCGGAGACGAGAAAUGAUUGGCCGGUGUGGGAGAACGAAGCCCGACCGGUCGACUGCUCCGGCUCGGUGCGCCCCGGCGGAGCGCAGCCUGAAAACCGGACCAGACUCUCAGGACUGAACGGUUUGGGAGGGAAAGGGAGUGGAAAGAGAGGAAAAUUUCGCCGAAUGACUUCUAUCCAGUACAAAUGUAGCAUUCAUUGUUGCUUUUGCAUACAGCCACUAGACAGUGUUAAAUGUUUUAACAUCUGUGCAAUCCUAAAUUACUUUAAAAGAAUUGUCUACACUGGCCAAAAGUGUACAGCUUUAUAGAGACAAUAGCUUAUAAAUGUUUAUUUCUGUUCUAUUUUUUUUCCUGUAAAUGUAUAUUUUUAAGACUAUUCUAACUUAUAAGUUAUUUAUGUUUCUUUAUAUUUGUUAAAUGCCUCGUUGGUUUAGCCAAAGGGCAUGUUUUUAUUUUAUUUUAUAUUAUUUCCAUUUUGUAUUGUGAUAUUUUGCAAUCAUGUAGCUUCUUCGUAUAGUCCACACUUGAAAAAAAAAGGUUUCUUUGUGUUUCUGAGCCGUUUUCGUGCGUGUGUGUUUGUGUGCGUGCGUUUUCAUACAAGUGCCCUGAUUGUGUCUUGCAAAAGAUGAGAAAUAAAUAUUUUUCACUUCAACUUUA